UUGGGCUUACAGCUUACAUGGGCUGACUUUUAACAAAAUGCCUUCAAAGCUCUUCUUUUUUAUAUACAGAAAUUUUCAGCAAACUAAGCAGUUAAAUUUGAUUUGUAUUCACGGAAUUUCUGACAGUUGCUUUUGUCAAUAUGAAUGAAGGAGUCGAAUCAUUUCAAUCAGAAGCACUUUGUGAAUGCGUUGAAAUUGUCAAAGAUAUUGAAGAUGGAAGCUUGAUUCUUGGAUUUGCUAUCGGAGGUGGAAUUGAUCAAGAUGCAUCAAAGAAUCCUUUUGUUGCAAAUGACCCAGGUAUAUUCGUGUCGCGUGUCACAGAAAAUGGCCCUGCUGAGAAGGCUGGUCUCAAGGUUGGUGAUAAGAUAUUGCAAGUUAAUGGAUACGAUAUGACAAUGGCAACUCAGAAGCAAGCAAAGAAAAAACUGACGAAAAAUCAAAGAAUAGUCAGAUUGAAAGUUACAAGAAACAAUCUCAUGCCAACUGAAGACAGUGCUACACCAGUGCCAAAGUCCAUCAGUGAGCAAAAGACUGUACAAGAGUAUGUUUAAUAAUUACUCAACAAACAGCUAGUUGCCUUUGUACAUCUGUACUGCUGAGGUAUACAAUUAAUUGUAACGCAUUUCUUAACACUGCGGUAAAUCCACAAUGUGUUCGUAACAGACAGAACAAAGACAUUUCCGAGAAUGCCUAUAUCAGCCAACACCAAUGACUGUAUUCCACCAUCUGUCCAAGAUUGUUCACUUGUUAAGCAGUAAAUAUUUCUGUAGAUAUCAUUUGUUCUCAAUAUGUUUGAAAAGUAUUUUCUGCCGACUCCCAUAAUAAUGUCAGCUUCAAGCCAAUUUUUUCCAAUCAACAUUUGAUGUAAAUGAAGACAGUAGACUGGGAUUUUGGAGCAAUAGAGGAUUUAAAAUUUGCAUUUGCUUAGUUAAGGCAUUGUAAAUUAUGGUACAUUUUUGUUUUGCGAUUGUGUUUUAUCUAAUGCCGUUAAAUCAAUUUUCUGUUCUGAUUUAGCCUAUGCUUUUGUAACUUUUUAUGUUAUGGUGCUUGAACUAAUGUGCUCAAAUCACCCUUUUUCAUUGUGAUUUUUUAAAUCUUGUUAUAUUUUUUGCAACUAACUCAUAAAUUCAUAUACAAUAAAUCCUAUACUAUUGCUGCUA